AUGGGGCGGUCGCGGUGGCAGGGAUCAACCCUCGUUCCAAUCCCGCGGCGAAUCGAGAUCUAUCUCUGGGAUGCACGCGCUGCAACUGGCACGCUUUUCCAUGCCAGUAAGGACUCACUGACAAGCGGGCAGACAGACUACCAGCCGAUACCAAAUAUAAACCCAGCAGUCUCCAGGUCGCUUCAAGCCUCAGUUGAAAUCGCCUCUGGGCUUAUGCUCACCGAUGAAUACGAUGCAAAGGAGGCAGUCGAUAGUCAGUACUGGGACACUACGGAUGCACCCUCUCCGCGGGCUUGGCAGAUCGUGGGGUUACGAAAGCACGAAGCUAAUGCUUCGGGCUUCAACCAGCCUAACGAGCGUAUGCCCAACUCGGCAUCGUUGUUCAACAUUGUCCACUGGAUGCCCUCCCAUGAGCCAUUGGACCAGACAUUGGACCCUCAAGCCAUGACUCCCGGUCAGUGCCGUGCAGCGGUGCAGAACCGCCCCUUCGAUCUUGUUGUCAACAACUGUCAGAGAUUCUGCAGUCAGAUUCUGCAGCGCCUUGUUAACAAUGGGACGAUCACCCAGGAACAAUUCGAUGCGCUGGCUGCAAAGGGAUUUCAGCCGCUCAUCUAA